CUCUCUUUCUGCACAUUCACGUUGAGUGUGUGCAUCUUUUUUCUGUGUUCUUGCUAGUAUUUGUUUCGCAUUUUGCACGAAUUCGAAUUCCGGAUGAGCUGUUGAGCUUCUUCUCCCAUUUUCAUCCACUCCCCAGAGAAUUCCUUUCCGAAAUCGUUUUCUGAUUGAUCUCAAAGAUUUGUGGGAUCAAUCGUUUCUUCUCAGAUUCUAGGAGUUUGUGUUAUUCAACGUAUUGGUUAGAGGGACUCAAAUUUCGUCCCUAAUUUAGCAGAAUAUGCAUCGGCUGAAACCAUACUUUUGAAUAUUGCACGCAAACAAUAUUGAUCCGAAUCUCCCUGUUCUUUGUGUUCUUCUACCUCUUGUAUCAAGUCAUUUGAGAGUAGUUGUGAAGAUGGGUUAUCGCAUGCUUGAUUUCGCAUUCAGGAUAAACAUAAUAGAAAGUAUAGUCAAAGUACUUCAAUGUCUGCAUCACCUGUUGCUGUUUUAUAAUUGUCUCUACUAGAGUAUCCAUGUUCUAUGUUGCAUUGAACAGAUGCCAACAGAAGAGUCGUUCAACAAUGCCAAAAUGGCAAAUAGCUUCAUGUUCUGGAAUGAUUGCACUGAACCAGAAGAUUUGGAAGCAAUGUGGAUGGAGCCUGCAGUGAGAGCAGAGUGGCUAAACGUUGGAGAAAUCAAGGGACAAAGGGUUCACCUCUCAAGGGAUCCAGAUGGGCAGCCGUAUCUGACACAGACAGAGAUGAAGGCAGUUGCUGAUAUUAUUGUCCGGAGACAUUUCGAUACAUUCGUAGAUCCGGAAAUGCUUUGCGCACUUGCUGAGCUUGAAAGUGACAGAAGGCCUCUCAUCAUGCGCUAUAACAAGAAGACCAAGGAGACUGGUAUAGGUCUUCUACAGAUUGAUGCAAAGACAGUAGAAAUGUUAGCCGGAGGACAGGGUUAUCAAGCAUAUGAUGUAAAAGAAGAUCCCGAUCUUAUUCACAAGCCUUUUACAAACGUAUACUAUGCGGCAGCUUACCUCAAAUGGAUGUCAAACUAUCAGGAUAAACCAAGAAGCGAAGAGUUUAUCGUCAGAACAUGCAAGGGUGGAACAAAAAAGGCCACUCACAAGUCUACAUUACCAUAUUGGAAACGCUACCUUUCAGUCAAAGAAUCUCUCCCAUCAAGAAAAUCUGGCGAUGGUGGCCCUACGGCGGCAAGUGGCUAUCCCCCUAUACACUCAACUUCACCAGACUCAAGUACUAAUCUCACGUACUGGGACUCGAGAGCUUCCCCAGAAGACAUGGAGAACAUGUGGAACCAUCCUGCUGUACGUAAGGAAUGGACAAAAUCAGGAGAAGAAAAGGGAAAGGUUCGUUUCUCACAAGACAGUGAAAGGAGGCCUUACCUUUCACGAGUGGAGCUAAAGGCUGUUGCAGAAAUCAUUGUUUCCAAGUACUUCAGCACAAAAGGACUCAGAGUACCUACGAUCUGCGCUGUUGCAGAGAUUGUCAGCAUGAGGUUUGUGAAUGGUGUGGGAAAACAUGUAGGAAUUCUCGGAGUGGACUAUGCAACUGCUUCCUGGUUACACACGGAGCUUGGUUAUCGGGCAUACAGAGUCGAUUCAGCCGAUGAUCUGACCAAGCCAUUUGUCUCCAUGUACUUUGGAACAGCCUAUUUGUUCUGGCUAUCGGCAUACGAAGGACGGGACCGAAGUCCACAGUUCAUCGUGCAAGCUAUCGUGAAGGGUCCACAGAAUGUAAAUUUGCAGGAAGCAGGUCCAGCUUGGCUCAAAUUCGAGCAAUCUUUGAGCUACUACGAAGAAUCGAAGAGGGAUUCCGGAAACUGCAUUAUACUGUGAAACCAGAGCCCAUAUGAGAAACGUGUAAUGCAGAGCAUUUGAGACAAAGCCUCUUUUCCAGGUAGUAUGCUGUAUAGUUGUUGUUCCACACGGUUUCUUCAUUUCUUCUUAAUCUCUAAACUUCUUUGUCUCGACGAUAUAUAUAUAUGGGAGAUGAUUCUUGCGAAAACCCUCUAGGAUUUGUAUAUUUGUUCUCAGGAUUAUAUAACUUGAGACUGAAGUAUACAAAGCACAUGAAGAAA